AUGGAGAGAAUGGCACUUGGCGUGCCCACCGCUUCCUACUGCUCUCCUCGCCGUCUUGUUUACUCGUGCAGCCUGACAGCAGCAGAGACGAAGCGUCGAGUUCCAGGCACUAAAGAAAGAAUGAGUCUUUUUCAUCGUCUGGCACCUUUCAUGUCAGAGGGAACUGAUCCCUGCAGGCACACGAAUGAACAUCCAAAAGUCUGUCUGUCGCGUCCUUUGGCUCUGUCUUCCCCUGUGGUCAAGAAGAAGACAAUUCAGAUUCCAUCUUUUGAUGAGAGGGGGCUCAUCUUUGAGAGGCAUAACGCAAAACUGUCAACAGCCGAGAGAUCAUGUGAUUCGGUUUUCGCCAAGACGUCUGUCCCGAGCUCAUGGAGUAAAGCGUGUCGGCAGAGAGACAGCGGAGAGAGGGCUUCAACCCUUCCAAGGGUAAAAUCCAAAGCACACAGCUCUCAGUCCCUCUCUGCAAAGCCCAGCAUCGCUAUCUCUCCUGCACCAGAGCCAAAUUCCCCUCCCACUCCCCCCCUUCUCAAAUCAAAGCCAAGCAGUUCUCUUCAUCUCCCAGCUUCGCGGUCGAUGGAUUUUUCCCCAAUACUGCACCGGCCCGAGCCAAAGCCCAGCGUGUCCCCGACGCUGACCGUCCCGACACCCAGACUCAGUCCGUCCCCGACCUCCCAAAACUCGGACGGGCCAGGAGGCCGCCAGCCUUCUCCCGUCGCCAGAGAGAGACGCGCCCGAUGUAUCCCCAUCUCGAAUACCAAAGUGGAGCCUUUAGGGGUGGCGAAACAUGAAGUUCUCGACCAGGGAGCCUUGCUGGACUUCACUCGUCCCGGGGCGAGAAGAGCUCGUCCCGCGAUGAGCAGAGAGUCCCGACAUCAAACCCACGCACCUCACAAUCCCAGAUUACUGCUAAAUCAAGUUGAAACAAACGAAAAUGAAGACACUGCCAAAAAUAAACCACAAACACCGACUGUGAAUUCAGACAAUGCCGCAAUGCCUAAAUCAAACAUCAAACAGCAGCGAAAAUGUCAAUCAAGCGAUUCAGCAGAGUGCUCUGAAGUCGUUUACAGAGGCUCACAGCCAGGGUUUUAUGGACUGGCUAGGCAGGAGAGCAGUUAUCCCCAAAGCUCAGAUUUUAUCUCCAGUCACCAAUCACGUGAAGAAAUGUACUCUGGGAAAAGCAUGGCUCUCAAAAAGUCAGCAGGGCCUCCUUUAAGUCUCUUCUCAGCCAACAGUGAAACGAGGGGAAAACAGCUUGAUCUGCUUAAUGAAACACCGGCGGUUCCAUCAAGGCCUAUCCACAGAAGGCCGUGGGACGUAAACGAAAGAAAGACGUCUUUAGGGAACUCGCCUGAGCCUUUUCAACAAGUUGGUGAGUCUCAAAGCAUCGAGGCUCUUCAUAAAGGCAGAUUCUCAUCGGAGAGCCGGGAUCUCACUGCCCAGAUGGAUGGAAAGUGUUCGGUAAUCCGGCCUCCCUGUGUGUCAAAGGAUUACAGCUGCCAGUCAAGGGUAAUCGAUCUGCAAUCGGAAGACGCUCAGUGCGCACACGGAUUAAAUAGAUUUAAGACACGUCUGUUGGCAUCUCAGACCCGUGAGGCCUCCCAUCCAACGUCCAGGGGAGCCGUAUUAAAGCCUGACCUACAGCCUCAUCGGUGUCGUUCAAAUCAAGAAAACACCCCAGAGCAACACAACAGCCACCUGGAGCGCGACGCCAGGGGGAAAAGUCUGAAUCACACUGAUGUUUCAGGACCACCUGACCACCACGUGGUGCCAAAACAAUUGCUGGAACAUCCCGGGCGCCCAUCCGUGGCACCCGGCCUGUUCGACACAAACAGCUUUGGCAGCGGCUCAAAGAGGGUAUUCGAUUUGCCACAGGACAGAAUAUACCAGAGGCCAUAUUCAGCAACUUCUGCUCAAAUGCAUCAGCUUAGGUACUCUGUCACAGAUAGAGCGUUUAUUACGGAGGAUUCGGAGGAUCCCUAUUAUGUCACCAUGUACUACCCAGGUUCAGUGUAUGUGGACAUGUCAGACAUCGUUCCACCAGAAGUUAGACCCAAACCAGCUGUCCCAGCAAAGCCCCCAAACGUGGGGGCUCCCUCUCCUUCUAACCCUUUCCCGCCCCAGGGGCCAGGUAUUGGAGGAGGUGGCAUUUCUGCUCUACCUCCAAGCGCCAUUCCAGUUCCCAUCGGAAGUCAUGGUUCUGGACACGGGGGCAAUCACAUUGUGGGUCACAGUGUGGGGCAUGCUCCCGGCCACACUGGGAGCCACGUUGCGGCGCACAGCGGAGGUCACAGCCACGGAGGUACCCACGGAGGUCCUCACGGAGUUUCCCACGGAGGUUCCCACAGCACCAGUGGAGGAUCCACUCUACUAGGUUACAUUGGCAUUGACACCAUCAUUGAGCAGAUGAGAAAGAAGACCAUGAAGACAGGCUUUGACUUCAACAUCAUGGUAGUUGGUCACAGUGGCCUCGGAAAGUCGACUCUGGUCAACACCCUAUUCAAGUCGCAGGUGAGCAGGAAGAGCGCAGGAUGGGGGAGAGAUGAGAAGAUCCCCAAAACCGUGGAGAUCAAGACAGUGUCUCAUGUGAUUGAGGAGGGCGGCGUGAAGAUGAAGCUGACGGUUGUGGACACGCCAGGCUUUGGAGACCAAAUCAAUAAUGACAACUGCUGGGAGCCCAUUUCCAAGCACAUCAAUGAGCAGUUUGAGAAGUUCCUGAAGGAAGAGGUCAACAUCACCAGGAAGAGGCGCAUUCCUGACACCAGAGUGCACUGCUGUCUGUAUUUCAUUUCCCCGACUGGACACUCUCUUCGGCUGCUGGACGUCGAGUUCAUGAAGCGCCUGUGCCACUCGGUCAACAUCAUUCCUGUUAUUGCUAAGGCCGACACGAUGACCAUUGAGGAGAGGCUAGAGUUCAAACAGCGGGUAAGAAAGGAGCUGGAGAUGAACGGAAUUGAGUUUUACCCCCAAAAAGAGUUUGAUGACGAUAUGGAGGACAAAAGUGACAAUGACAAGAUCAGAGAAACGAUGCCCUUUGCCGUGGUAGGGAGCGAUAAAGAAUACCAAGUGAACGGAAAACGGGUUCUGGGGAGGAAGACGCCGUGGGGAAUCGUAGAGGUUGAAAACCCAAACCAUUGUGAGUUUGCUCAACUAAGAGAUUUCCUGAUCAGGUCUCACCUGCAGGAUCUGAAGGAGGUCACUCAUAACAUUCACUACGAAACGUACCGUGCCAAGAGACUGAAUGCGAACGGAGGUCUGCACCCCAUCGCGUCCAAUGACACCCAGGAAAGCAACCUGUAGGCAGGGAAAGGAACGGGUCAGGAAUAGAGAGAAGAGUGCAGUGAAGCUUGUGGAUGAAUCUAUAUAAAAUGUUUUAAUCAUUGUCACCUCAGCGUCGCUGCAUGUAUGGGAAAAAAUUCAGCCUGUAUAAAUUGGUGUCAUUUAAAUAUUCAAGCUUCACCCGAUCCUUUACCAAGCUCCUUCUCCGUCAGACAUAUCAAUCUCUCAUCCAUCUUUGUUUUAGAUGUUAACAUUUUUCUGUAGAAAUAUAGUCAGAGACUUAGUGCCAUCACUUAAUAAACAUAACACCUACUGCCAAUGCCUAUUAAUUUCCCAUGUACCAGUAUACUCUCAGAGGGGGCCACGUUAUCAGCUGUGUGAGAGGCUUGUUUUGAAGUUUUAGUAUUCCAUAGUAACUCCCUUUGGACUUUAUACAAAGAGAAAUGUUUUUUUUAUCAUUAAAACUCAGCUUCUGGCACUAGUCAUUUAUUGUGAGCUCUGAAGCUAACUCAAAAUGGCUCCUUUUAAACUUCUUAAAACAGCAGCUGGAAGUCAUUUUACAGGCAGGAGGGCCAAAGAAGUGUUAGAAUCUUGUUUGUCAGGCAUUUCUCAAGAAGACAAUAUAUUCGAUUCCCAAACUCAGAAUAAGGGUUCAUUUUAGAGGAAAUGUAUUAUAUGGCGAUACAGCACUGAAAUGCAGCUUGUUGACGUUAUAUAUUUGAGUCCACCGGGUGAAUUAGUACUUUUGGAUUUGUACUUUCAAAAUCUUUCUCAAGGAUGAGUCAAGAAUUUAUAGAAAGACACAGUUCCGCAGGGUUGUUUCAGAAGGAAAGGAGAAAUCCUGUCACCACACUGCUUUUGUACAUCUUAUCAAAGUCACCGAGGACUUUGCUCUAGGGAUUAAAUCUUCGAUAUUCCAUAUCUAGGUUGAGCAUUAUAGAUUCAGAUAGAUCUUGCAACAUGUGUUUCCACUUUAAAGACGAUAGACUUUUUGGUUAAAUUCAUUUAAUCUCAAAUAUUCUUUAACCGGAUUAUAGAUUUAAAUUUUCUUGGAGAUAUUGAUGGUUUUGAAAGAUUUUUUUUUUUAUUUAACAUCUAGGCACUCUAGAAAAAACUAUUUAAUUUUUUGGCAGGUGACAGGAAAAGAUAUUGCUUAAGAAGUAGGUUUAUGUCUCGCGAAAUACACAUGAACACAUCAGAGGCAUCUAGAUGUGGUUGCCAUUUGUAGAAUCUAAAUUUCUCUCGCUCACCACUAGGUGGAAGCACCUAUUAACGUUAAAGCAGUGGAAUCACAGAGACACUUUGACCAAUUUGUGUUUGCCUCAGGUGUGUUCAGUCAUUGAGGUUGUUUUUUUUCUCAUAGUCCUUUUUUCGUUUGGAGUAAUUUUACCAUUAUUUUUACAGCACUUAUACCCUCCACUAAUGCCAGUGGUAGCCAACAUAUCUGUUUCAGGUUUACAUGAAACUUUAAUAUGACCCCAUUGUGAAACACUUGAGUUGUCAACAUGUUUACCAAGUUGUCAUCAGGAAAUUCUACAUUUAUAUUGUUCUGCCAUGUACAGUCCGCAGUGGAGAACAAAUAUGCCAAAACUACAGAUGCAAUUAAUAUUUCAGUAUUAAUUCAAUUUUCAGUUUAAAAAGUAAACCAUGUUUUUUUUAUUAUGUUUAUAUGAACUGUGUGACAAAACAUUAAUAGUUGUGAUUUUGGUGUAUUUACAGGUGUUAAAGCAGAAAUUGUGAGACACUGUUAAAGAACAAUCUCUUUCUGUUAUACUUGUGCUUGCAUGCCCGUGUCCAUUCUGCCUGUGUGCUUACAGCAAGUUAUUUUGCUUAUCACUGCAACUUUACAACAACUUACUGGUUUUGAAUGUGCAAUGUGUGCAUUCAAACUGAUUUAUCAUAAGAUGAAACACUGCAAUGACUACAAUGUUUACCCCUUAAACAAAAGCAAUGACCCACCACACAUCACAUCACUUACGCCAUUUCCCAUAACUUCAGUGUAUUUAAUGGCCGUUUGUUGCUGUGAUACAUUUUAGUCAUAAUUUCCUGUGUCAUAUGGAGUUAUUUUUACAUUGGUGUAUUAUUCUUGUAAUUUAUUCUUUAUUUAAUAAAAACACUUGCCC